GGCGGGCGCGCGGGGAUUGCGCAGGCGCAGGGGCGCCGGCAACAUGGCGUGCCGGCCGAAGCGGCGUGCUUUGGGCCCCGUGCCCCCGGCUCUGGGCGAUGAGGAAAAGGAGGAUGAAGUGGAGGAGGUGGACGAAGACGACAGUGACGAAGAAGACGAUGAAGAGGACGAGGUCAUCAAUGAGGAAGUGAAUAUUGAAUUUGAAGCUUAUUCUAUUUCAGAUAACGAUUAUGAUGGAAUUAAGAAGUUACUACAGCAGCUUUUCCUAAAAGCCCCUGUGAACACUGCAGAACUCACAGAUCUCUUAAUUCAGCAGAACCAUAUCGGGAGUGUGAUUAAGCAAACGGAUGUUUCAGAAGACAGCGAUGACGAUGUGGAUGAAGACGAGAUUUUUGGUUUCAUAAGUCUCUUAAAUUUAACUGAAAGAAAGGGUACCCCAUGCACUGAGCAAAUUAAGGAGUUGAUUCUGCGCCUCUGUGAGAAGAAUUGUGAGAAGAGCACGGCUGAGCAGCUGGACAGGCUCUUCAAUGACGCUGCCAGGCCUGUGGGCUUUCUGCUGAGCGAGAGGUUCAUUAACGUCCCCCCACAGAUCGCGCUGCCCAUGCACCAGCAGCUCCAGAAAGAAUUAGCAGAGGCACACAAAACUAACAAGCCAUGUGGGAAGUGUCACUUUUACCUUCUGAUUAGCAAGACGUUUGUGGAAGCAGGAAAAAGCGGUUCCAAAAAGAGACGGAGCAGCCAAAACAAAGAGGAGUUAAUGUUUGCAAAUGCGGAAGAAGAAUUCUUCUACGAGAAGGCAAUCCUGAAGUUCAGCUACUCAGUGCAGGAGGAGAGCGACACGUGUUUGGGAGGCCGAUGGUCCUUUGAUGAUGUGCCAAUGAAGCCCCUGCGAACUGUGAUGUUAAUUCCAGGCGACAAGAUGAAUGAAAUCAUGGAAAAACUGAAAGAACAUCUGUCUGUCUAACCCAUCUCCCACGGACCGUGGAGGGCUUGCUUCUGCAGAAUUACCAGAAGACUUGGUGGAGGCUUACUGAAAAACUCAUGACUUUAUUCAGAUGAAGGUCCUCUACAAAUGUAGGGUUCUGUCACCCGUGUCUGUGACACAUUUACAAAAUAUCUUUGCUUUUUUAAAAUAUUGGUCAAAUUAAGAACAGUUGAUUAAAAACUUUUCCAGUAAGAAGAAAAACAUGGGGUAGUAAUUUGAAGAACUCAAUAAAAACUUCUGUUUUUAGUUUUUAACUGUCA